GCUGCCGCGCUCUCCGUCUCGGCGCACGCUCGGCUCGACACCCCUUAUCCCAGUCUCCGCCACCGUUCCCGUGCGUCGCCACCGCACGUCGCUGCACCACCACCGUAGCCUCUGCACACCCGGCCGCGUCCCAGCCAAGAUGGUCAGCGAGCAAGCUCCUGCGGCGGAGGUGGUGGAGGGUAGCGAGGCGCCGGCGCCCGUCGUGGAGAGCGAGGAGGCCGUGCCCAAGGCGGAGGAGCAGCAGAAGGAGGACGAGGCGCCGGUCGUCGUCGAGGACGUCAAGGAAGGCGAGGUGGAUGAGGACGACGAUGACGACGACGACGACGACGAAGCUGAUGAAGGUGAGCUAGGUGCCGGCGCAACCGAGGGUGCCAAGCAGAGCCGCAGCGAGAAGAAGAGCCGCAAGGCCAUGAUGAAGCUCGGAAUGAAACCCGUCACCGGUGUCACCAGGAUAACUAUCAAAAGAGCCAAGAACAUACUGUUCGUGGUGUCCAAGCCGGACGUCUUCAAGAGCCCGACGUCGGAGACGUACGUGAUAUUCGGUGAGGCCAAGAUAGAGGACCUGAGCUCCCAGCUGCAGGCGCAGGCCGCGCAGCAGUUCAGGAUGCAGGACCUCAGCAAGGUGAUGGCCAAGCAGGACGCGGCCGCCGCCGCUGCGGCGCCGGCCGACGAGGAAGAGGAGGUCGACGAGGACGGGAUAGAGCCCCGCGACAUCGACCUCGUCAUGACGCAGGCCAGCGUCACCCGCGCCAAGGCCGUCAAGGCUCUCAAGGCGCACGACGGCGACAUCGUCAGCGCCAUCAUGGAGCUCACGGCCUGAUGAUGAUACCUACCGUACCGUUCCUUCCUCGUUGCUGUCUGCUUCGUCACCAACACCAACACCCAGUGGAAAUUGAACGUUUUGUCCAGCGUUGUAGCGUCGCUCAUCAUUUUUGGGAUUUGCAUAAGAUGAGUUUUGAAUAAGAUGUAUUGUUUGUUCACCAUAUGGACGUUGCAUCAUGUCAGUUUCCAAAUUAGUGUCAUUUGGAUUCUCAUUCGCAGAUUAGACCAUUCUCGAGAAAUGGACUUCACAGAUUUAAUUGGCUUACCGGGUACGGGUAGCAUGCUCACUCUGUUCAAAUGUCAUCGCAGCAAUGGCACUUUGAUAUAUCAUAUAUGUACUACUUAUGUUGUUGCUA